UCUUGAAUGUUCGUGGUUUGUAUCGGUCUUUGAUCCCAGCUCCAUACCGAUAAAAAUAUUUACGGGGCUCUAAUUUAGUGAUUGAGUCGACUAUUUUGUGAUCAAGUGAAUUUUUUUUUAAACGUUUUUCAUUAUGGAGCAAAGGGAAACCGUCGUGUUCAUUUUAAAAUUUUUGUUGUCUUGCUAAAAGAUGUCAGUCGCGGUUCUGUUGUUAUCGAUAAUAUAAUAGCAGAUCGGUCUUAUUAAAAAUAUAAAGAUCAUUAUUUGGACAAGAUAAAUUUUACAAAAACAUUAAUAUAACUAAUUAUAUAAAAUGGCUCAAAUUAUCAAUUCUACACAGUCUGUUGUUCAACAAGCUUACGACUAUUACUUAUGGACGCUAACAUUAUCAGACGAACGAACAAAAGGAUGGGCACUUGUAGACUCACCAGUACCAACAAUCCUCUUCACAGCCCUUUAUUUAGUACUAGUUUAUAUAGGUCCAAGAUACAUGGAGAAAAGGGAACCGUUUAAAUUAACACCUAUUUUAGUACCUUACAAUAUGUCAAUGGCAGUACUAAAUGGGUAUAUUGCUUGGCAAUUACUCACUGCAUCAACAAGACUGAAGUAUAGCUACAUUUGUGAACCCUGUAGGCAAAGGCAUCAUCCUGAUGAGUUACAGAUCGCAAAUGCUGUCUGGUGGUACUACUUUUCUAAAUUGCUGGAAUUUUGUGAUACUUUCUUCUUCAUAUUGAGGAAAAAGAAGAACCAACUGUCUUUCCUCCAUGUUUAUCACCACUCCACCAUGUUCAUGCUUUGGUGGAUUGGAAUUAAAUGGGUACCAAGUGGUUCAACCUUUUUACCUGCUAUGGUAAACUCAUCAAUCCACGUCUUACUCUAUACGUACUAUGGACUUUCAGUUUUUGGACCUCAAGUAACUAAAUGGUUGUGGUGGAAGAGGUACUUGACAAUCCUACAGCUUAUCCAGUUCACUUGCGCAUUGAUUCUGGGAGUAAACGGAAUAAGAACAGGCUGCGAAUUUCCACUUUGGAUGCAUUACACGCUCAUUUUCUACAUGGUUUCGUUUAUCGUUUUGUUUGGAAACUUUUAUGUUAAGGCUUAUAUGGAUAAGGGAAAUCAAGUUUUCUUCGGUAUGGACGUGGGUUGUGGCCAAGGAAACCGUUACGAUAACCACAAAUUUUUGGUGGACAACAAAAAGCAGAAUUAAACGAAAGAACAUCCGAAAUUUUUAGUUAUCACAUAUCAGAUUUUCUUUUGUUUUAAAAAUAAUGAUAAUGUUUUUGUUUUUUAUAUAUAUAUUUAUUUGUAUUUUUUUUGUAAUUCUAAGUAAUUUUAAUUCCUCUAUAAACUUGUCAAUAUAAUAUUAAGUCGUGUACUAAAAUCGA